CUAUCAGGCAAAAUGGUUCGUUUCAGCGCAUCCAACGUCGCCAAGAAGAUUAAGCGGACAUUUUCGACGACAUCGUUGAACAGGUCCGCAGCAUCUCAAGAGGAAGUCCUUAGGCCAAUCCCUCCUACAGAGCUAGACUACAAUUCCUCUAGGCCACCCACGAGACGCUGCUGGACCACACACCCCCAACAUCAUGGAAAGUUCCGUGAAAAUCUCCCUGACGCAGACGACGUAGACGACGAAGACGCAAACUCCAUAACAAGUGUCCUCCGCGAGGAGUUCCAAGCACGCAGACCCAACACCGCACCCGUAAAGCCCGGCUCUCCCACCCGGAAGCAGCAGCAGCAGCAGCAGCAGCAGAAGAAGAAGAAGCCAUGGUUCGCCAUGACCGACGAGGAGCUUCGCCAGGAGUACGACCAGUGCCGGGCGAAGGCCCCAGACGUCGGACCGAACUUCCUCUGGUGCGACCGCCGGGACAGUCUGGACCAAAACGCGAUCCUCGCGUCCAUGGGCCUCAAGCGCGCCCGCACCUACAACGUGUACCCCACGUGCUGUCCCAAGACGGGCAAGACAAUCCCCCACAUCGAGAGGAACGAGAACGUCGCCGUGCCCCUCCACGCCGACGAGAGCGAAGCCCUGGCCAAAGGCGACGUAGUCGAUCUAUCCGCACCCCCCAUGGCCUCCAUACUUUCCAACGCUCUCCCCCCCGAGGACCCCAUGCCCAAAUUCACCCUCCCUAGUCCCCCCCACUGGCGCCUAAAGCCGCGCCCAACCCCGUCCCCCCUGAGCAAGUACCGUAGCGCCCUGCGCGAGGAAGGAAAGGAAGACGAGGAAGACAAGGCAGUAAGUUCCGGGUUGAACGACGACGCCUCCGUCUGCGACGGAUCUGACUAUAGCGAUAUCUUCCGGCCUCUAGAGAAGAGCAUGUUUAUUUAACCUUGCCCACCUUACAUAACUCUAUUAAACGUGUUCAUUAGGUAGUUUUCUAGGACUACUCGC